AUGGCGCUCAGCGACCAUCCAAAAGCCUACGGCACCGCUGCCGUUGUCUUCGCCUUCACAACUGGCAUCCUCGUCACUUUAGGAUUCAAGGACUUUUACCCAGAUCUUGAACGUCGGUUCCAGCACAAGAGGCGUGCAAACACAGGUGGUGGCCGAAGAUCGAGUCUUUUCUGGAGCGACCCUGUUGAGCUUCAGGAUCAUGAGUCUCAGCCUUCAACACCAACGUCUUAUGACGUUGUGAGGAAUAGCCUGGUAGACGGUAUAGAAGCUACCAUCGGCAACACACCUCUUAUAAAGAUUCAAUCGUUAUCGAAAGCCACAGGCCGGAUCAUCAUGGCCAAAGCAGAAUUCCUAAAUGGCGCCGGAAAUUCACCCAAGGAUCGUGUUGCACUUAACAUGAUUCGAGAAGCAGAAUCCAAAGGUCUACUAACACCACAUAAGGGCGAUACUAUAUAUGAAGGCACAGUAGGAAGCACGGGUAUCUCACUCGCAACUCUUGCCCGAGCAAUGGGCUACCGCGCUCAUAUCUGUAUGCCUAGCGAUAUGGCUCUCGAAAAGUCUGAUCUACUCCUCCAUCUUGGCGCAACCGUCGAGCGAGUCACUCCCGCGCCUAUCACCAGCCCUGAUCACUUUGUCAACCUUGCUCGAAGGCGUGCGGAAGAACACGCCAGUAAGGCCAAGGAUGGUAGUAAGGGUUUCUUUGCCAACCAGUUUGAGUCUGAGGCCAACUGGAAAGCACAUUUCAAUGCAACGGGUCCCGAGAUUUGGCGGCAGACGAAUGGCCAGCUGGACGCUUUCGUCGCUGGAGCUGGUACAGGAGGAACAGUCUCCGGCGUGGCGAAGUAUCUGAAGGAGGAGCAGAAGGCGACUGAUAUAAAAGUCGUCCUCGCCGACCCCCAGGGCAGUGGUCUCUACAACAAAGUCCGCCACGGCGUUAUGUACUCUUCGACAGAACGUGAGGGUACAAGACGUAGGCAGCAGGUUGAUACUAUGGUCGAAGGCAUCGGAAUCACACGUCUGACCGAGAACUUCGAAGCGGGACGUGAACUUAUCGACGAUGCUGUGCGGGUAACGGACACGCAAGCCUGCCGCAUGGCGCGCUGGCUAGUUGAGCACGACGGUAUAUUCAUCGGCAGCAGUAGCUCUGUCAACUGUGUCGCCGCGGUUGAGGCAGCUAUGAGACUUCCAAAGGGGAGUCGUGUCGUUACCAUCCUGUGCGACUCUGGAACUAGACAUCUGAGCAAGUUCUGGAAGCACAUCAAAGAGAUGGGACUGGAAAGCGAGGAGGAGGCAACGAAUUUAUUUACUGAGCUAGGGAUACCCGGCCAUGAUGAAUGA